CUGGAACAAACAGAGUUCAAACCACCGGAGAAGAAUCUAUUCUCUCUCUUUCUAAUCUCACUCGCUGCUUGCUUCAGCCUUUUUCACGCUUCUCCCAAUGCAGAUCUCUCUCUCUCUCUCUCUCUCUUCACCGACCAACGGCUGCUUCUUCUGCAUUUACUCCGCCGUAGCCCCACACGUGCUAUCUCUCUCCCUCUCUUCUCUAGAUAGGCCAUUCACGAAAAAAUGCUCGCCUUCUUCCCCGUCUCUACCGUUUUCUUCUUCUUCUUCCUCCUCAUCGUCUGUUUAUCGUGCGCACCCGUUUCCUUAUCCUCCACCGCCGCCAUUGCAGCCCACACCCGCCGGGAGCUCCACCAGCCAUUCUUCCCGCAGGAUUCUCCGCCGCCAUCCCCUCAACAUCCCGGCGGCGACGUUCCCUUUUGGAUUUUAACCCCCAACCAGCCCCCCUUUUUCCCGACCGUACCUUCGGCGCCUCCCCCGCAGCCUCCCUCCGCCGACACCUCCGUCCCUGCCCUCCCGCAAUCCCCCAAACGCAAAUCCGUCUCUUCUAAGCUUGUAGCCCUCGCAGUUUCCCUUUCCCUCUCCGCCGCGCUCCUCGUCGUCGUUUGUUUGUUUCUCCACCUCCGCCGCCGGAGUUUUACCGAUGGGAAGACGAGUAAUAGAUCGGAUGGCACUAACAGAGUGGUUCACGCUGAUGGCCUUCAGAGGCCGGGAAGAUCGCCUCCCGGUAGCCCCGAGUUUCUUUACGCGGGAAGCCUUGUCAAUUCUAAUGGUGGCGAAGUGAACUCGAGAAGGAAGUUAGAGUCGCCGGAGCUCCACCCACUGCCCUCGUUUUCUCUGCAGAGUUUCCGGCUGAAUUAUGCAAAUGCUGAUUUAGGCUCUGAGAACGAGGAAUUUUACUCCGUGAGAGGGUCUUCGGGUGGCCGCGAGAGCUCGGUUGGAACCGGAUCGGCCUCAAGGAGGGCGUUUGCCGGUGUAACAGCGGAGAAUUUUGAUGUCAAGAGUAGUGAAUCGAGUUCGUCUCUGUACUCAUCUUCGAAUUCUGGCUCCCCGGCCCGGUCAGCAUCGGCAAGCAUUUCUCCACAAGUAAGUUUGAGUCCAUUAAGCUCAAGGCCAAAAUCACCGGUAUCGGCGGCAGUUCAGACUGCUCCCCCGCCGCCGUCACGGCUUGUUCUGGCCCAAAAUGCUAAUGUGGAGAGUUCUCCGUCGCCGUCGCCGCCUUCUUCAUCAUCGCCAGAAAGAGAUUCAGAGACAAGCCUAGAGUCAUCCCCAAGGCUAUCAGAUGGGUCUAAUAAAAGUGCAAACUCUCCGAAUAAGACUUCUCGGUCGCCACCAAUGUCUUCUUUGUCCUCCUCAGAAACACGUUUGGAGACAACCCUAGAUUCGUCUCCUAGGGCAUCUAAUUUUUCGAAUCAAAAUCUAGUCUCCCUGGCAACAAUUAGCACAAGCAGGCUGAAUCAAUUGGUUAAUGAGAUGAAUUCUCGAUCUCCAUCACUGUCUUCAUGGUCCUCCCCGGAGAGACCCUUGGGGAAAACCCAGGAUUCAUCAACAAGAAUAUCCAAGGGUUCAAUUCCAAAUGCUGAAACUGUGUCUAGAAUCAAAAGUACUGUUCAGCAGCUGGCGCCAGCAGAUGUUGCACCACCACCUCCUCCGCCGCCGCGUCCUCCACCUCCUCCUCCUCCAAGAUACUGGGAAAGUGCAAUUUCAAUGCCAGCAGUCCGGCAGCCAAGUCUGAAAGCACCACUUCUUGUAAUACCUUCCAGACCUAUUGCUACUCAUAGGUCAACAUCAAUAUCUCCAGCUGAAUUGCCCUCCAGUUCUGAAAAAGCCGAGAAUAUCAAGGAUGCUCCAAAACCGAAGUUGAAGCAGCUGCACUGGGAUAAAGUCAGAGCAAGCUCUGAUAGUGAGACCGUGUGGGAUCAGCUAAGAUCCAGUUCCUUCAAAUUGAAUGAGGAGAUGAUUGAAACAUUGUUCGUUGAAAAGAAACCAAAUGCGAUCCCUAAGGAACCAUUUCGGCGUACCUUUCUUCUAUCACCAGUCCAGGGGAACAGGGUGCUAGAUCCGAAGAAGGCGCAAAACAUUGCAAUUUCACUAAGGGCACUGGAUGUAACCAUAGAGGAAGUUUGUGAAGCCCUUUCAGAAGGAAAUGCUGAUGUUCUUGGCAAUGAACGUCUUGAAAGUUUAUUGAAGAUGGCUCCCACCAAGGGGGAAGAACGGAAACUGAAAGAGUACAAAGAAAAUUCAGCACUGAUGCUUGGACCUGCAGAGAGAUUUCUGAGAGCAGUGCUUGACAUUCCUUUUGCAUUUGAAAGAGCUGAUGCAAUGCUCUACAUAGCUAAUUUUGGUUCUGAGGUUGAGUACCUCAAAAAGUCAUUUGAAACUCUGGAGGCAGCAUGUGACGAACUCAGGACCAGCAGGAUGUUCUUGAAGCUUCUGGAAGCUGUGCUGAAGACUGGGAACCACAUGAAUGUUGGGACCAACAGGGGUGAUGCCCAGGCUUUCAAGCUUGACACACUCCUCAAGCUAGUUGAUAUCAAGGGUGUGGAUGGCAAAACUACACUCUUGCAUUUUGUUGUGCAGGAAAUAAUAAGAAGCGAAGGAGCUCGUCUGUCUGGUGGCAACCAAGACGCCAAGUCAACUCUCGACGACGGUGCCAAGUGUAGGAAGCUGGGCCUACAAGUUGUUUCCGGUCUCAGUUCAGAGCUCACAAAUGUAAAGAAAGCUGCUGCAAUGGAUUCAGAUGUGCUUACCAGUGAUGUAGUGAAGCUUUCCAAAGGAAUUGGGAAAAUUGCAGAGGUUUUGAGAUUAAAUGAAGCGACGGGGUCAGAGGAAAGCGGCCAGAUAUUUUCAGAGUCCAUGAACAGGUUCCUGAAAAUAGCCGAGGAGCAGAUGAUAAGGAUUCAAGCCCAAGAGAGUGUUGCUCUUUCACUAGUGAAAGAGAUAACCGAGUACUUCCAUGGAAACUUGGCCAGGGAAGAAGCUCACCCCUUCAGAAUUUUCAUUGUGGUGAGGGACUUCCUGACAAUUCUCGAUCGCGUUUGCAGGGAAGUUGGAUUGUCCAACGAGCAGUCGACAGUCAGUUCGGCCCAUAAAUUCCCAGUUCCAGUUAAUCCAAUAAAGCAGCAGCCUGUCACUAGCGGAUUCCCUGUCAGGAGGCAGUACAGUUCCUGUGAUGAAGAAAGCUGA